UCAGCUGCUGCGCAGGGCCAUGGAAACAGCAGUGAUUGGAGUGGUGGCGGUGCUGUUUGUGGUCACCGUAGCCAUCACCUGCCUCCUGUGCUGUUUCAGCUGUGACUCGAGGGCCCAGGAUCCUCAGGGGGGCCCUGGCCACAGCUUCACGGUGGCCACGUUUCGCCAGGAGGCUUCUCUCUUCACGGGCCCGGGUCGCCAUGCCCAGCCUGCAGCGGCGGUGGGUGCCCGGGACUUCUGGACCUUCAUGUGAGGCCUCUCAGUUCCUAGGAUUUGUUCUGCUGGUGGGUCAGACCCACUCACCCACUCAUCCACCAGCAAGCCUUCCUGCUGUCCCACUACUCCCAAGUCUGGCCUUCCUGGCCUUGCCUGCCUGUUGUAUUCGGCAAACUCCUAGUGUCUUCCCAUCCCAGCUUGCUGUGCCCGCCAGCCUGGUAGAUCUGCAGGGCCAGGACCAGGUGGAAUUCAACUCCGACCCCUGAGAACUCAGCUGGACCCUGCCCACAGGAUGGGGCCCAGGGGAGGCCUGAAGAGUGAGUGACUGGGUCAGAUUGCACGGGGGCCAGCUCUACGGACUAACGACGAUAUGACUGGAGUUUAUCAGGAACAGAGGGUUAGUUCACUCAGGUUACCCCAGCAUGUGGGUGAAACUGGUUCUGUUGCCACCAGAAGAAAGAGUGCCCUGGAGUGGACAUUUUUACAUUUUUAUAUGCUCUGGUGAGGGAGUCGUUUGGUUCCUUGCCAGGGCACAAUUCACAGAACUCAGCCCUGAGGCCUGUCCCCUGCCAAUUGUCUGAAAUUAGACCUGCAAUUCUGCAACCAAAAGACUGCUUCCUUGGGAAUGAAGAAUUUAUUUUAUAAUUGAAAAUGUAUAUCCUUAUAUAGGUUUCUCAAGAACCAGUGUUGAAAACUACAAAAUGAAACAGAAGAGAAAAAAACAUGGUCACAGAAAGUACAAGCUGUUUGAUUAACAGGAAAGCCAGAAAGAAGACUUUGAAACGUACUUUGAAUGAGACUAUAUUACUGUCUUCUUAUAGGUCACUUGUGCUCUUAGAGAAUGUGAAUGCCUUGUGUCAUUAAGAAUGAUAGAAAAAUCAUGAACUGAAAGAUAAUCCCAAAUAAGUUAAAAUGUUAUGUUACAUCAAAAUAACCUGUAACAAAGCUCUUGUUUUCAUCACAAAUAAAGAGAUGUUCAGUUUUUAUUAACAGAAAAUCUGCCUUUUUUUUUUUU